UUAGCCUGCAAUUGUCUUCCCCGUGCAGCGGGCAGCUAAGUGCUAACAAAGCUAACACGUAAACAGCAUCUUACAACGGCAUUUGAAACGUUUGAAGGAGUGAACACCAUUUGAUCUGUCGAUUCCUUCUUUCGCUUUUCUGGUCUCCGUCUUGCUAAUGAAAGGAAUUAAAAAUCAAUACAAAUUGAAGAACAACAUCUCUUUCUGAUUUUCCCGACAUAUUGACCUAUAUAUAUUGACCUGCAACGUUUUCAAACGUUUCCUCUCUACAACAAGCGGCGGCUGAAGAAGUGGCUGUCGAACAUGAAGUGGGACGACUGGACCCCGUCCCGCUUCUCCGUGCUGUGCAGCCGUCACUUUGAGGAAGAGUUCAUCGACCGCACAGGGAAGUGCGUGACCCUACGAGAGGAGGCCGUUCCGACCAUUUUCGAGUCUCCUGAAGAGAACCAGGCGAAGGCUCCAUCCAGUACAAGAAAUGGAAGGCAGAAGAGCCCAGCGGUCAAAGCUGCAGCAGCGAAGUCCAUCGUUCAGAACAAACAGUCGAGCCAGUCAGAGGAUGAUGCAGCCAGCAGCGAAGACUCGGCUCCUUCAGAAAAGUGGCGAGUCAUUGUGGACGAAUCUCUGAUGAAGAUCGACUCCUUCCCUCAUUUCUUUCACGGAGACUACUGUGCUACCCAGGAUAUACUUUGGGCUCCAGAUGACAGUGUUGGUGUGAGAUCUUCGGAUCCUGAAAAUGUGAUUGAGGUGACGGGGCCGUGGCAGUGGCUGGGUCUGGACCUGAGAGGACCCCUGCCUAAAACGCCCAGCGGUCACAGGUACCUCCUGACCAUGACCGACUUCUUCUCCAAGUGGGUUGAGGCGGCUCCGCUGGAGUCGUGUCUGCCAUCGCUCGUCGCCAAGAACGUGUCCGAGGUCAUCGCUCACUUCGGCUUCCCACUGGGAAUUCUGUCCCGCCUCCCUCAGGAGCUUGUCAGCAAAAUCAACACAGAGCUGCAGGAUCAGCUGACCAUCUCGGUUCCUCUGUUGGUUCAUCAUCAACAGGCGGGACGAGUGGAUGCCGACACGCAGCAGGUCAUUGACAGGAUGGUGAACGGCCUGCUCCAGGAUCACGCCUCUGACUGGGACGUCUAUCUUCCUGCUCAGGUCUUCAGUCUGUGCUUCCAAGAGGACCUGACCACCAGGAGGAGACCUUUCUCCGUGCUGUGCUGCGGAGGUGUGGAGUCUGUGCCAUCGCCCCGUGAACCACAGGUCACUCGACCGCAUGAAGAUCCAGGACAGUGCAUUUGUGAUCACGUGACGCGGUCACGUGAUCUCGUGUGGAGAAACAAAAGCACUCAUGAGACUGUAUUGUCCAAAUGAUGUCAUUCGCAAUAGUUCUGCCGUUGUGUUCCAAGACACUUUUGGAUGGCUAUUUUAAUAAAGCUAC